AUGUCGGACGCCGAGAAGAAGGGCGAGACGCACAAGUUCCAUGUCAGCGGUAUGACGUGUGGCGCGUGCGUUUCGAGCAUUGAAAAGAUGCUGGGAAAGCAGGAAGGCAUUCUCGAUGUCACGGUGGCUCUGCUGGCGGAGCGCGCCACAGUCACAUACGAUGCGUCGUGUGGCUGGACGCCAGAGAAGGUCGUGGAGGCGAUUGACGACAUCGGCUUUGAUGCGGAAGUGGUGGUCGAGCCCAAGGAGGACGAUGUGGUGCUGUCGAUAUUUGGCAUGACGUGCUCGUCCUGCACGAGUUCGCUCGAGAGGGUGCUCCGAGCCGAGCCAGGUGUCGUAUCGUGUGAGGUGUCGCUGGCGACGCAGCGCGCCCACAUCCGCUUUGAUCACCACCGAACGAAUGUGCGUGCGCUUGUGGAAGCUGUUGAAAAGGCAGGUUUCGAUGCACUGCUUUAUGAUGACCGUGACGCGGCGCAGAUCGACAGCCUCACGCACGUCCGCGAGAUGCAUGACUGGUGGCAUGCGUUUCUGUUUUCAUUGGCGUUUGCCGUGCCCAACUUUUUCCUGUGUAUGGUCCUUAUGCACGUUCAAUUUCUACGUCCCAUUCUGAUGGCACAGCUCCUGCCGGGCUUGUAUGUGCAGGACGUGCUAGGCCUGCUUCUCACGCUGCCGGUCCAAUUCGGCGUGGGACAGCGCUUUUUCCGGGCGGCGUACAAAGCCAUUCGGCACGGGUCCAUGACGAUGGACACGCUCGUGAUUGUCGGCACGAUGGCGGCGUGGACGUUCAGUGUAGCAGCGAUGCUCGUCUCGCUGGGAUGCACGGGGCCUGGCUGCGAGAAGCCCAAGACGUUUUUCGAUACGUCGACCAUGCUUAUAACGUUUGUGGCGCUGGGCCGCUACUUGGAAAAUUCGGCCAAGGGACACACGGGCGAGGCACUGACGCGGCUGAUGCAGCUGGCGCCGCAAAAGGCCACUAUUCUGUCGGGCGAUUCGGAGCGCGUGAUUCCUGCCGAGUUGCUGCAGGUCGGCGACAUGGUCAAGCUGGUGCCGGGCGAGAAGAUUGCGGCGGACGGUAUUGUGCGACAUGGCUCUAGCACGGUGGAUGAGAGUAUGGUCACGGGCGAGCACGUCCCGGUGCCCAAGUCGGUCGGUGCGCAGGUGCUGGGCGGCACGGUGAAUGGCCACGGCACGCUGGACUUUGAAGUGACUCGUGCAGGUCGUGAUACGAGUCUGAACCGCAUUGUCCAGCUGGUGCAGGAUGCGCAGGUCAGCAAGGCGCCUAUCCAAGACUAUGCGGAUCGCGUGGCGGGUGUAUUUGUGCCGUGUAUCAUUGCACUCAGUCUGUUUACGCUCGUGCUCUGGCUGACGGUCGCGUGUGUCUUUCCGCCGGCAUGGCAGCCGCGCAUGCUCCGUGAUGCGGGGUCGCACAAGUUUAUGGAGUGCUUGAAGCUGUGCAUUAGUGUCGUGGUCGUCGCGUGUCCGUGUGCCUUGGGUCUCAGUACGCCGACGGCCGUCAUGGUCGGCACGGGUGUCGGUGCCGAGAACGGCAUUCUCAUCAAGAAUGCGCCGUCGUUGGAAGCGGCGUGCGCUGUGCGCCACGUGGUCUUUGACAAGACAGGCACGCUCACCAAGGGGCAGUUGAGCGUGACGGACCAGAUGCAUGUCGGUCCGUUCCCGCUCGAGCACAUGCUCGCGCUCGUCCAGAGCGUCGAGAGCCGCAGUGAACAUGUGCUGGCACGGGCUCUGAUAGCCCACUGUGCUGCGACCCCGUUGCCGCCAGCGCACACGGACUCGUUUGACAUGGUGCAGGGUGCGGGUGUGCGUGCCACGGCGGAGUGCGAGGGAUCUGUCUAUGAUGUGGUAAUCGGCAACGCGACGCUGCAUGGCGAGCGGCCGGUGCCGAUGGAAGCCUUUGCACAGGGCUGGGAGGCUCGGGGAUGUACGGUCGUGUACGUUUCGUUGAACGGCGCGCUGACCGCGGCGUUUGCUCUAUCUGACGUGCUCAAGGAGCAUGCAGCCGACAGUGUUCAGUGGCUGCACGACAUGGGUAUGCAGUGCAGUAUCAUGACAGGCGAUACGUCCGCGUCAGCAGGCGCCGUGGCGCAGGCGGUCGGCGUGUUCCCGGACCAUGUGCAUGCUGGCCUGUCGCCGAAUGGCAAGCUCACGUUGCUGCGUGAGUGCCGCACGCCGCGUCCGCAGGCGCACACGCUGCUGGAGCGUGUGUGUGAAGCGCUGAUUCCCACGCAAAAGUACGGCCUGGCGAUGGUGGGCGACGGUGUGAACGACUCCCCGGCGUUGGCGGUCGCCGAUGUCGGCGUAGCGAUGUCGUCUGGCUCGGACAUUGCGAUGGGCGCGGCGUCGAUUGUGCUCAUGCGCAACGAUUUGAUGGAUGUGCCGACGGCCUUUAUGCUGUGUCAGCGCAUAUUUUGGCAGAUCCGCCUCAACUUUCUGUGGGCGAUGACCUACAACAUGAUCAUGGUGCCUCUCGCCAUGGGCCUGCUCCUCCCUUGGGGCAUAUACCUGCAUCCCAUGAUGGCUGGCCUUGCGAUGGCUUGCAGUAGCGUGAGUGUCGUGCUCAGCUCGCUUUCGCUGCGCCGGUGGAAGCGCCCCACCCUGUCUGAUGCCCCGCCGUCGGCUGGUCCGACGUGGCCACGGCGCCUCGUCCGCAUGCUGUCUCACAUGAGCCGCUCAGCGCCGCCUGAGCCCGAGUACACGGCGCUGAACGAGGUGGUCUAG